CGGCCAAUGACGCCUGCCGUAGCAGCAGCAGCAGAAGCAGCAGCAGCACCAGAAGGAGCAGCAGACUCAGCAGCAGCAGCAGCAGCAGUAGCAGCCGCAGCAGCAGCAGCUGAAGGAGCAGCAGCAGCAGCAGCAGCGACAGCGGCAGCAGCAGCAGUGGCAGCAGCAGCAGCGGCAGCAGCAGCAACAGCAACAGCAGCAGCAGCAGCAGCAAAAGGAGCAGCAGCAGCAACAGCAGCAGCAGCAGUAUCUACAGCCAUCCCCAUCCUCCCCUCCUCUUUGAGCCGCCGCGGGUCCACCCGCCGCCGCUCCCUCCCAGCCACCGCGGCAGCAGCAGCAGCAGCAGCAGCAGCAGCAGAAGGAGUAGCAGCAGCAGCAGCAGCAGCAACAGCAGCAGCAGCAGGUGCAGCAGCAGCAGCGGAUGGAGCAGCAGCAGCAGCAGCAGGAGGUGCAGCAGCGGAUGGAGCAGCAGCAGCAGCAGCUGCAGCAACCGCAGGCAGUGCAGCAACAGCAGCCGCAGCAGGAGGUGCAGCAGCAGCACCAACAGCGGCCACAGCAGCAGCAGCAGCAGCAGCCACUGCAGCAACCUCAUCGGCAUCGCCGCACCACCUCUCCUGGGAAGACGUGGUGAAGGAGUUUCGGGGGAGGAAGAGGAAGCCUUUCUCAACACGGAUCCGCCCCCGCUGCCGUGUGAAGAACGUGAAGGGAAAGGAGAAGGUUGUGGAGGAGGAGGAGGAGGAGGAGGAGGAGGAGGAGGAGGAGGAGGAGGAGGAGGAGGAGGAGGAGGAGGAGGAGGAGGAGGAGGAGGAGGAGGAGGAGGAGGAGGAGGAGGAGGAGGAGGCGGAGUCAGAGGGGGACGAGGGGGAGGUGGGGGAGGAGGGGGAGGAGGGGGAGGGGGUGGAGGAGGGGGAGGAAGAGGGUGGUGAGGAGAUGGAAGAGGACGAGGAUGAAGGCCUGGCAGAAGGGGAGCAGUGCAGCAGCGGUGGUGGUGACUGGGAGGAUGAGUGAGUGAGCACCAGCAACAGCACCUGAACC